AUGGUCGAUUUGCAUAGUCUUCCCGCUGGCUCUAGACCGGAGAACGCAAUUCGUAACAAUGGACCAGACGAUCUGGCAUUGGAGCGAUAUAAACUCCGCGAAUUAGCAGAAGGAUGGCCUGCUUAUCGUGACGCCUGCGAAUGGGAAAACCUGAAGUCCAUCUUUCAUCCCGAUGCAUACAUCUACACCACCUGGACGGGCCGCACAUUCUACCUUGACUUCAUCGCCGCUUCACAACGAGGCAUGAACAACGGCGCCUUCAUCAUGCAUCGGGUCCAUGGCUCGACGACCGAUAUCACUCCAGAUGCCGUCCGGGCAGUCACCAAAAUGAAAGCCACCAUUACUCAGCGAUUCGUAAUUGAUGGAUGCGAGGUCGAUGCGGAGGCGGACUGUCGGUUCUGCUUCUUCUGGGAAAAGAACAUUGCGAACGGGGAAUGGCGCGCCCGGUUCGUGCGGCAUUGGUACGAAAAGGAUAAACUUCUGCCGGUAAACCCGCGCAAGGUUCCGCAACUAGAUGAGAAGAAAUUGGAGGAGUACCCCAAUGGUUAUCGGUACUUGGCGUAUUGCCAAGAGAAAACAAUGGGUGUUGAGGUUCUGCGCGAUAUGCCGGGUCACCGAAGAGAGAAUGAUAAUGCAAACGGGCAGAAACAUGAUCUGCUGUAUUGGCAGUGCAAGCAAUGGCUUGAUGGUGAGGCUGUGGACAUUUAA